CUACACUACAUCCUUUUUACACCACCUCCACUUUGCUUAGUCUCAAUGGGGAAGGAUGAAAAAGACAUUACUUCUCUGCUUCAUCCACGGCUUCAAGGGAGGUGAGUCGACCUUUGGCGACAACUAUGCCUUCACCGAGCACCUCCGCCAACUUGUUGCGGCCGACCUACCCAAGAUAAACAUCAAUGUCGUGGUGUAUCCCAAAUAUGAGACUCGAGGAGAUUUGGGCGAGUGCGUAGCGCGAUUUCGAGAUUGGCUCACGAAUAAAGUUAUCGACCUCGAAGUUGCCGCCGGAACCUCCUCGCCCACCAUCGAUCCCUCGGUCCGCGUCAUUUUAGUCGGCCACUCCAUGGGCGGCAUCGUCGCUGCCGAAACCGCCAUCGAGCUCUCCUCCGACAAGCCUAUCCACGGCAGCACCGACCCGGCCGUCGAGGACCCGAAGCUAGACCAUCGCACCGCUGACUCCGCGCCUCUCCACCGACCACCCAGCCCCAGCUCGCUCAUGUUCCCCUAUAUCCAGGGCGUCCUCGGCUUCGAUACACCCUAUCUAGGCAUUGCUCCUACCGUCUUCGCUCAUGGCGUCGAGGGUCACUAUGCGACGGCUUCGGCAGCGCUGUCGCAACUGAGCAGCUUAACAAGUUUACUCGGAGCGAAGGGGGCGCAGGCGCAAUCGAACGCAACAACGCAGAAAAGACAGAUAGCCGCUCUGCCGGCGCCGGAAAAGAAGGAGGAGCAGCAGAGGAAUAAUGGCAGCGCCUGGGGGAACUGGGGCAAGAUCGCCAUGGUCGCGGGCGCAGCGGCUGCUGCAGCGGCUGGAGGAGCGGCGGCGUACUACAAUCGAGAUCAGAUUACGCAAAGCGUGAGCUGGGCGACGUCGCAUCUCGAGUUUGUCGGGGUGCUUUAUAGAAGAGAAGAGCUGCGGCGCCGUGUGGCGUACAUGGUGCGGCUCAACAAUGACCUUGGGGUCGGUUUCGGAAACUUUUAUACCCGGCUGGGACGGGCCGCGGGGUCAAAGGAAGUGAGCAUGGUCGGGACUGUGAUGGGCAAUGAACGGACGUUUUGCGUCCUGCCUAAAAAGGAUUCCGCUGGGGACUGGAAGGAGGCCAUCAACGAUAAGGCUAAGGACGAAGUAACGGCGCAUAUCUCCAUGUUCGACCUGAAGGACAACCCUGGCUAUACCAAGAUGGCGCAUGAUGCUAGAGAUAUGAUUGUCAAGUGGUUGCAGAACGAUUGGUACGAGAGCAGUAACGGUGAUGUCAUUAGCGCAUAGAAG